AUGAAAACCACAAAAACCAAAACCACAACCGUCGAUCCAUUCUACUAUGAUGAGACUUCAUUUUUCCACUUCGAUGAGAGUAAUAUGUAUGACCUGGAUUUUGCCACUAAUGAUUUCUUCGAAAACAUGUUGUUCUACGAGAAAGUACUCCAUACUAUUCACGUAACUUAUGACAUUGUUUCAUGCAUCAGUUUCUUCAUAAAUUUAUUCCAUCUGUUCGUAUUGACUCGUAAGGAGCUGAGAUCCAACUUGGUAUACAUGGUAAUGAUCGGAGUCUGUUUGUGUGAUUUCGUACAAUCCCUUGGUACUAUCGUCUUGUGCACCAUGACUUGGGGUAUAGUAUACAGCAUUGAGCCGUGCUACGAUGGAACCAAAUACUAUCAUGCGAUUGUUGAUGUUUUAGCCGAAACUAGUCAGAUUUUUGGUCGCCGAUGCUCGAGCUUCCUCGCAUUGUAUAUUGCUGCAAUUCGGGCACUAUCUGUCAUGUUCCCUAUGAGCAAUACGAUUGCAGGGCUGAUGACCCCGAAGUAUGGAUUUUUGAUUCAGGCAAUACUUGGUAUUGUUUGUGCUGCGUGGAGUUCAGUCUUCUUUUUCAAAACUAAAAUUGAAAAAAUUAUUUACUGCGACGUAUUACAAAAAACGCCGAGCUACGUUCCAUACCAUUAUAUAUCCGGUGAAAAAUGGGAAAUGCAGUAUAUCAUGUUUGAUGGGUACAUGGCGAUUUCAGUUAGUGUUUUGUAUAUCCUGGUGGCCGCUGCUCUGGUUGGAGCAAUUUUGAAAGCGGAGAGAAUACGGAGAAAUGUUAGCGGGGAUCAAUUUACAAACACUUACAAGCUGGUAAUUGUUAUGGCCGUCUCAGUUUUUAUCUCCGAAGCCACUUAUGGGGGAUUGUAUUACUUCAAUUAUCACAUUUUCCAAGGAUACGACGAGCAGUAA